AUGCGCUUCUUGUCUCUGCUCGGGGCUGCUGCCGCGACGUGGCUAGCUGGCGCAAAUGCUCAGGACUCCUCUGACGUGAAGAGCAUCCCCCUUCGCACGCAUUCUUUGAUUCAACCCUACCUUGACUCGGACCUUCAAAGCAGAUGGUGGGACUUUGGCGGCGACACCAUCAUCCGCGCCGACAAGCACAUUCGUCUUAGUUCCGACCGCCCUUCGCAAUCCGGCUGGAUCUAUUCGAGAGUCCCCCUGACUGCUACCAACUGGGAGAUUGAGGUUGAGUUCGAUAUCAAUGGCCAGGGCAACCUCUUCGGUGACGGCUUUGCCAUGUGGGUGACCACCGACAGAGCACAGCAGGGUCCCGUCUUUGGUCACAAGGACAUGUUCGAGGGUCUGGGUAUCUUUUUCGACACAUACAAGAACAACAGACCUGGUGUUGUUUUCCCCUAUGUCAUGGCUAUGCUUGGCGACGGAAGAACUGUCUACGACCAGGCCCACGACGGCAAGGCCAACGAACUCGCUGGCUGUUCCGCACGUGGACUCCGUAACGCCAACAUCCCCACCAAGGCCCGCGUCACCUACUUCCAGGAGAAGUCGCUCAAGGUCGAAUUGAUGUACAAGAAGGAAGACGAAUGGACUCCCUGCUUCGACGUCCCCGGCGUCAAGCUCCCUGGUGUCACCUACCUCGGUUUCUCUGCCGAAACUGGCGAGCUCUCCGACAACCACGACAUCAUCAAGGUCGAGACCAAGAACCUGUACAGCCCAAGCGGCGCCGCUGGCACUCCCAAGGACUAUAGCAAGAGCGCGUACAAGCCGAAUCAAUAUGCAAAGAAGGAAGGCGGUGGCUGGGGUUGGUUCUUCUUGAAGUUUAUCCUGUUCGGCUUGGCCUUGACAGGAGCUUAUGUUGGAUUCACCGUCUACCGCGCAAACAGAAGACGAGACAGAUUCUGA